AUGGAGACGCGAACCGAGGGUGACACGACGGGCACUGCGGGAGCAGUCUUUCCGACGGCUCGAGAAAACAGCCAUCGGAGAAGCUCGCUGGAAAACAGAGAAGAUGACAAGCAAUUUACAAAAACAAAAAACUGGGUUAGCACCGUCUACGGCUUGGGUUGCGACGGCACAGACCGAUGGAGAGAAGCGUAG